UCCUCCUAACUUCUUUCAGUGGUGCCGUCUAUGUUGGCAUUUACCUAUCCUAAUUCUUUUUGCCUUUUACGUGGAGUGGUUAUAGUAUUUCACCAUCUUCACUUGCCUCUUAACCCCUUCCCCUUUCACCAGCUGUUUUAUCUUCGUCGUGAUGAAACGGAUAUUUUCUAUUCCACUGUUCACAUUUCACAGUAUUGCUGAGAGAAUGUGGAAGGCUGCCAUGCUCAAACACCUUGCAUCAAUGAAAGGGCAUGUCCCAGUCUCUGACUCGACACAAGAACCGCUGAGUACUGCGAGCUUUACUCUUACUGAAGCAACCCCUGCCACUGUCACCCGAGAUCACUCCUCCUCUGAUCCGGAGGACGAGGUGCCCCUACGUGCCCGAAUGAAACGCCUGAGAGCAAAACGACCGUCCCCUGCAACUGUAAUUCCAUUAGCAGUGCUUCCACCAGAACCAUCUCCCACUCCCCGGAGUGAAGUUAACCCAGCCCCUGCAUAUGCUUCCUCCAAGACUCAUCCUGCCUCUCUUCGCAAUGCCAGGUUGACGAGCCUUGCGCAGGGAGAACGAGGCCCUGCCCAACAACUCUCUCUGCUGAAUCUGUUGGAAGACACCUCCGCCAUGCUGAUGCAAGUGUGGACUCGCCACAAGGAAUUGGCCUUCCGGGUUCCCCGCCUAGCAGAGGCUCACAAAGCCAGCAUGGCCAGAGAAGCGGAAGCUCGCAGCAAGAAUUCCAAGUUAUUAAAGGAGCUCGCUGACAUGAAGCUUGCCCUAGAGUUAGCCGAAGCUGCCCGGCAGGUGAUAGAGAAAUCGGCUGCGGAGGAGCAAACUCGUCUCACCGAAGAGAAUGCGCGUUUAAAGGCUGAGAUGGCUGCCUACCAGGGUGGAGAAGAAGACAGGUGGAAUACUCGCAAGGCGGAAUUUCUAGCUUCACUCGAGCUUAAUGACAUGCCGGGUUCCCGCGCUGCCCUCUUCUUUGAACGAGGUUUUGUAGGUGCCGUCGAACAAUUCCGAGCUCAGGACUACCGAGUACCGACCGUCAGGAGCUUCUGAAGAUUUCUUAGAUUCCUACAAGGCCUUACGGAAUAUACCUCGGGAGCUCUUCGGUUCACAACCUACACCCUCUUUCAACUAGAAGCUAAUCUUUUGUUAGUGAACUAUACAUUAUCAUUUUCGGACUGAUCUAGUACCAUUUUGGAUGUUAUUGUAUUAAAAAUUUCUGUUCGUGUGUGUUCA